UAAAAGUUCUUUAUUCAUUUUUCCUGUCGUUAAAUCAUUUCUCUCAUUCAUUACUACUAUAUAGAAUUGCAGUAAAGUGAAAUGUAUACUAAUGCUUUAAAAGCUGGUUGCCGGACAGCAAUGCACGCUUGGAAAUUCAAGAACGCUGUCAGUUGCAAUAGUCCCGUUAACUUGACUCGAUUCGUCAGAAAAAUACACGGCAUAAAAUUAAGAUUUGUGCGGCAGAGAAUACCGGAAUACCAGUCAAGAUUAAAAUUUUCACAAGAAUUUUCGAAUCCAUUGCGUGCUCGUUUGUAUUCGGAUUAUCAUUGUUGUCGCAAAUUAACUGCAAUUGAUGUUGCUCUAAUUGUUUCGAAACAGUCCGCCAGCCAAUUGCCUAGCUUUGUGUACCCAAAAAUAAAUUGUGCUUCAGUAUUAUCAUUUGAAAGUUCUUUAUGUACAGAAAAUUGUCAUUUGUGUGAGCAUCUGGAUACUGCAAUUUCUUCAAAGCAAUACGUAAAACAGCAAAAACAAUUUUAUCGCGAUUAUUCAAGUGCAUCUUUGGGAGCACCGCUUAAAUAUACGGAAGCCCCGCUAUUAGGUGACUUGUGCCAAAAGUACGGCUUUGUUAUUUCCCGCACUUCCGCCGACGUUGGAUUUAAUAGUGUUGCUGGCCAUAGAUUCGAAAUCCGCCGAAACAUGUCCACAUCACCUCAAAAGGAAUUUAAGCGCCUUCCAACUGACGUUGUGCCAACGCACUAUGUUUUAGAGUUACAGCCGAACUUAGAGGCUUUCACUUUCGAGGGCAAUACUAGCGUGCACUUAAAGAUAUGUGACGCAACCAAAAGUAUUACCCUGAAUGCUUUGGACAUCACAAUAAAUAAAGUUGACUUGGAAUUAAAUGGCGAAAUAUUGCAACCAAGUAAUAUUACUUAUUCCACUGAUAAUGAAACUGCCACAUUAAUCUUCGAUAAGGAACUCCCAGCUGCAUCUUGUGGUGUUUUGAAAAUGUCCUUCGCAGGAGAACUCAACGAUAAGAUGAAAGGUUUCUAUCGAAGCAAGUAUUUUACGCCCGGUGGUGAGGAACGAUAUGCUGGAGUAACUCAAUUCGAAGCCACUGAUGCUAGACGUUGUUUCCCUUGCUGGGACGAACCAGCUAUCAAAGCAACGUUCGAUAUAACAUUAAUCGUGCCACAAGAUAGAGUCGCACUUUCGAAUAUGCCUGAGAUUCAAGAAGAAAAACUUGAAAAUAAUUUACGUCGCAUACGCUUCGAUAGGACUCCAAUAAUGUCUACAUAUUUGGUGGCUGUUGUAGUUGGUGAAUAUGAUUAUGUCGAAGGUAAAUCCGAAGAUGGUGUAAUAGUGCGAGUCUUCACACCCAUUGGCAAGAAAGAGCAAGGUCUUUUUGCACUUGAAGUGGCUACUAAAGUUUUGCCUUACUAUAAGAGCUAUUUCAACAUUGCAUAUCCUUUACCAAAAAUGGAUUUAAUAGCGAUAUCCGAUUUUUCGGCGGGUGCCAUGGAGAACUGGGGACUUGUGACAUAUCGUGAAACUUUUGUAUUGGUUGAUCCGAAAAAUACUUCUCUUAUGCGCAAACAAUCUAUUGCCUUAACUGUGGGACAUGAGAUUGCCCAUCAGUGGUUUGGCAAUUUGGUUACCAUGGAGUGGUGGACACAUUUGUGGUUAAAUGAAGGCUAUGCUUCAUUUGUUGAAUUUCUAUGUGUCAACCAUUUGUUCCCCGAAUAUGACAUUUGGACCCAAUUUGUCACAGAUAUGUAUACUCGCGCAUUAGAAUUGGAUUCGUUGAAGAAUUCACAUCCAAUAGAAGUGCCAGUGGGGCAUCCAUGUGAGAUUGACGAAAUUUUUGAUGAAAUUAGUUACAACAAAGGCGCUUCUGUCAUUCGUAUGCUUCACGACUAUAUUGGGGAGAAGGACUUUCGAAAGGGCAUGAACAUUUACCUAACACGUCAUCAAUAUAAGAAUACCUUCACUGAAGAUUUAUGGGCUGCUUUGCAGGAAGCCAGUUCAAAACCAGUCGCUAAAGUUAUGUCUACUUGGAUCAAAUUGAAAGGGUUCCCAGUAGUAAGUGUAGAGUCUGUGCAAAAUAGUGACAAUCAAAGGCUUCUAAAAUUGACUCAAAAUAAGUUUACUGCUGAUGGUUCAGCACCGGAUGGUGAUUAUACUUGGGUGAUCCCGGUAACCGUUUCAACAUCACGUGAUCCGAAUAAGAUUGCGAAAACUUUCUUGUUAGAUCAAAAGUCAAUGGAAGUUGUAUUGGACGAUGUAACUGCAGAUGACUGGGUAAAAAUCAAUCCUGGCACAGUCGGUUUCUAUCGUACAAGAUACUCCAAAGAAAUGCUCGAGAAAUUAUUACCCGCUGUGCGAAAAAUGGAGUUGCCGCCACUUGACCGUUUGGGAUUGAUUGAUGACAUGUUUGCGAUGGUGCAAGCAGGUCAAGCAAGCACAGCUGAGGUGCUGAAGCUUAUCGAUUCCUAUCGUAACGAAACUAAUUAUACUGUAUGGACUGCUAUUACCAAUUCAUUGGCGAACUUGCACAUACUGAUUUCUCAUACAGACUUAAUGGAAGAUUUUAACCGCUAUGGGGAAAAGUUGUAUCGGCCAGUGGCUGAUCGCUUAGGCUGGGAUGUGCGAGAAGGCGAGAACCAUUUAGACACUUUAUUACGAAGUCUGGUUUUGUCACGUUUGGUGUCCUUCCGAUGCAAGGACAUCAUUGCCGAAGCACAAAAACGGUUUAAUAAUCACGCCGAUGGAACGAAUCCUAUACCAGCUGACUUGCGUUCCACAUGCUACAAAGCAGUUUUGCAGGAUGGUGAUGAAAAAAUAUUCAAUGAGAUGCUGCAACUCUACCGUUCCACAGAUUUGCAUGAAGAACAAGAUCGUAUUUCAAGAGCGUUGGGUUGUAUUGGCGAUGUAAAUAUUUUACGUAAAGUUAUAGAUUUCGCCAUGUCGGGAGAAGUACGUGCACAGGACUCAGUUUUUGUUAUUGUUGCUGUAGCGGUGAAUCCCAAAGGACGUGUAUUGGCUUGGGAAUUCUUCAAGGACAAUAAUCAGAAGUUAUUGCAACAGUAUCAGGGUAGUUUCCUCUUGACACGCCUUAUCAAGUAUCUUAUUGAGAAUUUCGCUUCGGAGGAACGAGCUACUGAAGUGGAAACUUACUUUAAGAAAAAUCAGUUUCCUGGUACAGAACGUACUGUAUCUCAAGCUGUGGAGACUAUUCGCCUUAACGCUAACUGGUUGAAGCGUGAUUUAGAUUCCCUGACUACUUAUCUGAAAAAUCAGUAAAAUUGCUCCGUACAUUUAUAUACCUUGUUAACACAGAAUGAAAUAAACAGAAAUGUGGAAGGGAAAACAGAGUCACAGCUGAAAUAAAAGCAUCAUAAAGCCAAAGCUCAUCAUAAUAUAGCACUUCAUACGGUAGGGCAAAUAAUCGGUUAACAUUUUGGUUGGCGAAGCUGUUUAUCAUACGAAAUUUACAAUAAUAUAGUAAAACAAAAUGGGAAGUAUGCAUAGAAACUUUUUCUAGAUAAACACAUACUGGCAGAUUUUUUUCUAGAUUUUUUUCAACUAAAUAUAAUUGUUUGCGAAGAACAUGGGUAAUAUUAUCGAGCAUUUACUUAUAUACGAAGGUAUUUUUUUUUAAUAUUCAACAGCUUAACACAAGCUGAAGAAUGAUUGCAAAUUUGAUUAUUCAUCUAAUCAUAUUGAAAACCACCGUUAGUACGCACUGUGUAUUAAUUUUUCCACUAUCCUUUGAUACCUAGUAUAUAUUGAUUUGCCAUUGAAUGUAGCGCUUAUAAUUUUAAGUAAUUUGAUUUUGUUAUCCAGUGCACGACUAUAUAAGCUUAGAUCAACAUGUUCAAAUAAAAUAUAAUUUCAUUAAUAAAGCUAUUGCAAAGCAAAAAAUUGGAUGGAUUUGCAUUUUUAGAUAUAAAUACUGUAAUAUUGAUACCUGUAUUUUUAAAUUACAUAACAUAAUUAAUAAAAUGAUUAAAACGAA